AAAUAAUCCAGUACUUUACAAACAGUAAUGUGGAAAAUCCUAAUUAGUAAGUUUCUCUUAUCGGGUUUGACGUCAUGUCUUUGAAAACUAAAUUAGACAUCCCACUCUACUUUGUCGCCCACUCUGACUACUUAUCAGGUAUUUAUUGUUGAUUUGACCCAUAACCUCUGCGCUGGUAUAAAUAGAUUGAAUAUUAAAAUUUAGUGUGUCAACUUGUAAUACGACAAAAUAUUAGGAUGAAGUUUCUGUUGUUAUGUGUCAUAUUUACAGUCAUAAAUUCGGAGGAAAUACAGGAAUUUCAGGACAGUAACCUACAAUUUGCUACUGAUAUAUACAAGCAAAUCUCUAAAAGAAACACCGAAAACUUUUUGAUAUGUCCGCUAUCAGCACAAAUUGUUCUAUCACUUGCAACUGUAGGAGCCAGAGAAAAUUCUGCCAAGCAGUUAAGUAACUGCUUGUAUUUACCGAACGAUUCAGUAAAAAUUCAAAGUAUUUUUCAAAAGCUGAACAACAACUUUGACGUUACAAAGCCAUACCAAUUCAGCAGCGCAAAUAAAAUAUAUCUUAACAACAAAUGCGAAAUCAAAAGUCAUUACAGAGACAUCGCCAUUAACACGUUUAAAGCCGGAAUAGAAAACAUCAAUUUUUCGGAAACUGAAAAGGCCACCAAAAUAAUUAACCAAUGGGUUGAGAGUAAGACUAACAGUAAAAUCAAAGAUCUGAUACAGAAGAAUACAAUACAAUCGAACACGUUUGCCAUCUUAGUAAACGCCUUAUACUUUCAUGGAGAUUGGGUCAAUGAAUUUGGUUAUAGUGGAGAUUACAAGCAAGAUUUUUAUGUCAGUGAAAACGAAACCGUAUCAGUCAACUAUAUGACGCAAAGAAACUAUUUUAAUUAUUGCUAUAAUGAGAAACUCCACGCAGAAUUUUUAGAACUACCGUUCGUUGGAGAUGAUAUAACUAUGACCAUUGUUUUGCCGAAGGAUACGCAUGGGCUCAAAAAACUAGAAAAUCAUAUUUCUAGUGUAAUUUCUCCUCAACGUUUAGCAAAAUCGGACGCACUCAUUACUAUACCAAAAUUUAAAAUGGAAUCGACAAUAGAUUUUAAACAAGUUUUGAAAGAGUUAGGUGUAACGGAACCAUUUACCGAAUAUGCAAAUUUUAAUGGAAUCACUGAGAAUGGUAUUUAUAUUGACGAUGUUAUCCAAAAGACGUUUAUAGAAAUUAAUGAAAAAGGUGCAACGGCCGCUGCUGCUACUCAAAUGUCGAUUAUACCUUACAGCACGCCUGAUGUGGUCUUCACUGCGGACCAUUCAUUCAUUUACUUCCUGAGACAUCGCAGUGUUGGAGUGUUCUUUAUUGGCAGGUUAUCAAGACCCUAGUUGACUACGUAGUUAGUUAUUAUUUCCCGUGUCAAUAAUUGUGUGAAUUUUGUAAAUACCUUAGUUAUUUUAGACACGUAACACGAUAGUUUACUUUCACUUUCUGCUAUAACGAUCAUUGUAGACUGAAAAUAGAAAAAUAUAAAGAAA